UGGGCGGCUCGUGACAGUAGGCGGAUGGAAUCAGUUCCAAUAACGUGGAAACUCCCCUAGCUACCACGUCAACGCCUUUUCUCAGCCGGUUCUUCCUAUUUCCCCUCCCUGUUUGACAGUUACCGUCGCCACCGGCCAAUGCUCAUUCCUACUGCCGUCAACGCCCUCAAAUCCUCAAGGUCAAUAUCUUGGUCGCCGACGGGUAGGCUUCAGCAAACCUUGGCGGGAUGUCUGGAGCUGAGUGGGAUAUCUCUGCACUCGGGGAAGGUUUCGAAAGUGAAGUUAUGUCCGGAGUUUGCAGGCAGAGGGAGGUAUUUUGAUUUCAAGUCCAACUUCAUUCCUGCAUCAAUCGAUUAUGCCGAAGAGUCGCCCCUUUGUACCACGCUUUGUAAGGAUGGGUUUAAAAUUCGGACAGUUGAGCAUUUGCUUUCUGCCAUGGAGGCCAUGGGGGUCGACAAUUGUAGGAUCGAGAUAGCGAAUGAAGAUGAUGAAGAUAGUGAAGUCGAGGUUCCAAUUUUUGAUGGAUCUGCGGGUAAAUGGGUGGAUGCAAUAGGGGAGAUUGGUCUUAAGUUGGCUAUAGAUCAGUGUGGCAACUGCUGUGAGAAAAUGGCACCAUAUGUAAAUCAACCUGUCCAUGUGUGGAGGAAUGAUUGUUAUCUUGUUGCUUUUCCAGCCUCGGCAGUUCGUAUAACGUAUGGAAUUGACUUUCCUCAGGUGCCCAACAUUGGCUGCCAAUGGUUUUCUACUGCCCCUUUGGACAACAUGUUCUAUGCCGAGCAAAUAGCCCCAUCAAGAACCUUUUGCAUUUACGAGGAGGUAGAGCAAAUGCAGAAUAUGGGACUCAUAAAAGGAGGCUCAAUAGAAAAUGCUUUAGUUUGCAGUGUCAGCAAAGGUUGGAUCAAUCCCCCAUUGCGUUUCCAUGAUGAACCUUGUCGCCACAAGGUUUUAGAUUUUAUUGGCGAUCUCUCACUUUUUGCACAGUUGGGCAGUCAAGGGAUUCCGGUGGCACACAUAGUGGCUUACAAGGGUGGUCAUGCUAUGCACACCAAUUUUGUUCGCCACUUAUCGGAAAACAUUCGAGUGGAGAAGUAGCUGUCUUCCCUUGCAGAAGUAUAAAAAGAUGCUACAGUUGCGGGGUUUGGCUGGACUUAUGUUGAAGCUUUUGGAAAAUCAGAUCUUCUAAUUAUGUGGGAUGAAAACAAUUCAACUCCUUUGGAAUUUCUUAUAGGUGGUUUUACGUCAUCCGUUAAAUUCAAGAUUCAAUGAAAUAUUUGGUGCUGGGUUACCAACGUUUAUGGCGCAUUAUUCCCCAAUGGUUCAGUUCAGUUUUUGUUCAUUGGGAUGAAGUUACAUGCCCUUGGAAUCUCACUUUCCAAAAGUCGCUCAAUGAAGAAGAAUUUUCAGAUUUUCAACUUUUGCUAAGCUGUUUAGUUCGCAAACAGUUCUCCUUCUCAGUAUUCAAGACGUUGGUCUUUGGACUCCUCUAGGAGAUUCUCAGUUAAAUCAUUCUCUAAACAUCUAUAUUUUGCGUCCCCAAUGGCUAAGCUUAUCAUGCUAUUUGGAAAGCCAAAUGCGCAAAGUGUAUUAACUUUCUUGUUUGGAUAAUGCUUUCACAAGCUUCAAACACUAUUUGUCCUUUGUGUUUAGCUCGUUGAGAACAUCCUUCAUAUUUUGGUGAUGAGCAUCCUUCAUAUUUUGGUUGGUCCACACUUGGCCUCUAGUCUCAGAUUUUGUGGUCCAUUGCAGUUAAAGCUCUUUUGUCUGAGAUUUAGUUUGAUCAUAAUUAGAGGGUUUUUAUGAUAAUUCCCUCCCUUGGUUGGCUUGUCUGGAUUCAAUUUAUCUUCUUGCUUCUUCAUGGUGUUUUCUAUCCAAGGCUUUUUCUAGUUAUUCUAUUUAGGAUAUUAGUUCUGCUUUUUCUAGUUAUUCUAUUUAGGAUAUUAGUUUUGAAUUAGAGCGUUUUUAUUUCCACUAUAUAACUCUGAGUUAUCUAAGUUGUAAUUUUCUUUAUUAUUGUUCAUGAUAUUUUGAGCAUUAGACUCUUUUCAAUAUAUCAAUAAAAGGUCUCGUUUCCUUUUCAAAAAAGAAAAAAAAAUAAAAAUAAAAAUAAAAUACUAGUGUCGUAUAUUGGAGGAAGAUUUUGUGUUCCUUUAAUCCACAAUUCAAAAUGAGGUGAAGAUUGAUUUAGGUAUGUAUCUGUAUGUUGUAUUCGAGUAUCCUUAACCCGUUAGAGAAAUAGGCCCCGUUUGGUAACCGUUUUUUUUUUUUAAAAAAAAAAUAAAAUUAAGCAUAUAGACACUACUUCCACCUUUAAAUUUCUUACUUUGUUAUCUACUUUUUACUAAUAGUUUAAAAAACCAAGCCAAAUUUUGAAAACUGAAAAAAGUAGCUUUUCAAAAAAGUUGUCCCGUUUUUGGAAUUUGGCUGAGAAUUUAACCAUUGUACUUAAGACAGAUGCAAAGCAAUGUAAGAAAUUGGGGAGAAAAUAGGCUUAAUUUUCAAAAACCAAAAAGAAAAAACGAAAUAGUUACUAAACGAGGUGUUAGCUUUUAUCUUCUUUUGAAGGGAAUAAGAGAACACUGCAUUGAAGUGAAGUACAAAAUUUGCCUUAAUGGAAAUAAUUGAUAGAAAAAUUGGCAUUGGGAAUCUACGACUCGCGACAAAGCUCUGUUGGCUAAAUGGAUUUGGCGUUUCACCCUUGAGGCUAAUUCUCUCUGACAUAGGAUUAUUGUUAGUAAAUUUGGUUUUCAUCCUUUUGAUUGGUCUUCAAUAGAGUUAAAAGACACUUAUCGGAACACGGGGAGGAUAUUUCCUUGGAGUUCCCCCCCUCCCAUUUGGUUCAUUGUACGUGGGGGACGAGAAGGAAACAUAUUUUGGGAAGAUCGGUGGGUGGGUUAUCUGCUCUAUGUUUCCUUGGCUAUUUCACUUGUUCAUUAAAAAAUUGUUUGAUCUCUCUGAUUUUCCAUUGUAGUCGGGAGCUCAAUGUCUUUUUCUUUUAGUUUCCGCCGUUCAUUGUCCAAUUAGGAAACGACAGAGGUUGUCUCUCUAUUGUCAUUAAUAGGGAAGUUCAAUUUAGGCUUGAGAGAAGGGAUGUGCAACUCUGGAGCCCUAGUCUGUUGGAGGGUUUCUCUUGUAAAUUUUUUUUUCAUACUUUAUUGAACCCUUCUCCUAACAAUGAGUUGGCUGAUCCAGAGGCUUCCUGUGCAGUCGACCCUACAUUUUGUAAUUUUUCAUGUUCCUUAAAACUGUCGUACGUGCAUUGAAUUCGUAGCUACAUACAUACAUCUUGCACUAACUUGCAACGUCACUCUUCUCCUUCCUCAUGAACAGCAACCAGAGUUUUUGAGUUGCUGUUGUAUUAAAGCGAUUUAUUUGCUCUGUUCGUCAUAAACAUAAUCUUUUGUGGGAUUCACAUAUGGUCUCCGUUUACAGUCAUUUAAUGUAGAGGUUACAGUUUCUAAUAUC